GGGCAGAUUUAAUGACGUAGCCUAUGUGAAAGUGAAAGUGAGAUAGAGAUAUAGGCUAUAUAACGGCUCUGGCGUAGGUCUGAUACAAGUCAGCUGUGUCCGAGGACAGAGCUAAUAUAAAUAUAUUGAAGGUGGGGGGCGGGGAACAAACAAAAAUAUGGGAGCAUCAGACUCAGCGCAACAUCAACCAAAAUCAAAUCCCGAACUGGAUAAACCAUGGAGGAAAUUUGACUGGGGACAGAGAGAAGCUCUGAAAGAAAAGCUGGAAAACUUCUCUCCGAGUGAUCCAAAUGUAAAGGAAAUCAAGAUCCUGGUAGCUGGACAAGUUGGAGCAGGAAAGUCCAGCUUUAUUAACUCCAUCGAAAGUGUCUUUCAAGGACGGAUCUGCUCUAGAGCGCUAGUUAGUUCAUCUGCUGUUGGUCAUAGUUUCACACAAAAGCUCAAAGGAUUCACCAUCAGAAGUGGGAGAAAAACUUUGCCCUUCGUCUUCAAGGAUGUAAUGGGCUUAGAACCUGAAGCAUUGGCUGGGUCACAACCAGAGGAAAUCAUCAAUGCUGUGUUUGGCCAUGUGAAGGACGGCUAUAAAUUCAACCAGGGGCAGGCACUCACUUCUAAGGAUCAACAUUACAUCAGUGACCCUACCCUCUCCGAUCAGGCUUUCUGCCUGGUUUAUGUCAUAGAUGGAAAUACAGUCCAAUUCACAGAUGAUAAACUUGUUGACAAGUUGAAGAUCAUCCCCCAGAGAAUCGGUGAUCAGAGGAUUCCUCAAGUGGUUAUUAUGACCAAAGUGGAUGAAGUAUGUCCGCUGGUCAGAAAUGAUCUAAGGAAGAUCUACAAUAGCAAGAAGAUCAAAGAGAAGAUGGAGAUGUGCAGCACCAAAACAGGUGUGCCAUUGUCAAACAUCUUCCCAGUGAAGAACUACCAUGAGGAGACUGACACAGACGAUGACAUUGAUGUUCUGAUACUAAAGGCACUUGAUCAGAUUGUUCAGAUUGCUGAUGAUAGAUUGUUAGACUUUGAAAGUUACUGAUAAAAUCACAUAUAUACAGUUAUUUAAUUAAUGCAUAUAAAUCACAUCACAAAAUAUAAUGCAUUUGGAGUGGGUCAUUCUUUGAAUUUCUUUAUCAAAGGAACAUCAUUUUGGGAAGAUUGUGGAUUAAAAUGACAAUAAAAAGGAUUAUGUUUUGUGUUUAGUUUUACAAAUAUAUGUACAGUGGGGUUUAAAGUCAAUGCAAAUCUGGGACUCAAAAACUAAUGUAAACCUGAAAAUUAAUAGAAAGUUUCAUAAUUUGAAAAUUGUUUAAGAAAAGUUAUGUAAAAUCUUUCUCCAUUUAACAACAUUAAAACUGUUAAAUUACAUAAAUAAUAAGGGAAUAAUGCAGUGACACUAAUCUUGAAUUGUUUCUUGACCAUACAUGUAUCCAGUCUGUACUAAAACAGUGAAUUUGGGUAUCUGGAGCAAUGGGUAGCAAUGGAAAGCAUCACUUUCUCGAAAUUCAUGUUGAAAUAUAUUUUCUUGGCACCUCUGUUUUAGAUUGUUUCCCAGUCUAGCAUCCUAAUAAAUCUGCCAUUAUGAAUAUUGUUGAUGUGGCAAAUUGCUUAUAUGCUCCUUUAAGAUGCUGUGGAUAAAAGUGCAUGCUAAAUACCUAAAUGUAAAUUGAAAUUGAUGAAGAAAAACAGCUAUGAGGAUUUUAGUCUGUGGCUUUUUGAAGCAUGGAGAUGCCUCAGUGUACUGAAUAAACUGCUUAUUAAAAAAUUGACUAUCAGGAUAGUCAGGAUAGUCAAUAGCUGUUUUAUAAUAACUGAUUUACAGCAGUUUGUAGCUUACAUCUUUAAAUUGUAAAUAUGAAAAAAAAAAUGUAAUUAAAUUACACAAACUAAACUGUGAUGGACACAUUUUAUUGAGUAAAAUUAACAAUAAAUUCACUAAACUUUAUAUAUUUAUUUUAAUAUGCAUGUUUUCCCCAUCAUACUUUCCCAAUAGCUUCUAUUUUUUCAAAUAGAAGUCUUAACAUGUGUUCAUAUUUUACAUUUGACAGAGGAUUUUAUUCAAUGUGAUUUACAUUGCAUUGCAUGUUUACUAUUUAAUUAGUUAAUGUCCUGCAUCAAACUCAACACAUUUUGGCUGUGAGUGCAAAACAAUCCCUUUGCCUGGGUAGAGAAAUGAAAAAUAAAAUGCCUUCUCUACUGUCCACCUGUCACAGUCACCAGCACUAGCACUCCAUUUCUCAGCAUCCCUCCUGCUCUUCACCUGCGCACAUUCAUUUGUUACUAUGGACACUAAUUAUCUUCACAGCUGCACGUCAUUAGUUAAUCUUCCUUCGUGUAUAUAAGUUCCUGUUUGUUUUCAGUUCCUUGUCCGAUCACUGUCUUAUGUUGUGUUGUGUCCUGCCUGCCUUUUGGAUUAAACUUGGAUUUUUGUAUUGAA